UUUUAUCCAAAAUAAAUUUAAUAUUCAUUAAUACAUUUGAAUAUUUAUGUAAUUGAGCAUGACAGCUAUACUAGGUGGUGGUAUAUCAGGUUUAUCAGCUGCAUAUUAUGCUCUUGAAAAUCCAAAACUGGCUCCAUCAGUUAUAUUAGAAGUUUCAAAUCGUGUAGGCGGUUGGAUACGUUCCAUAAAACAACCUGAUGGAACAAUCUUUGAAACAGGUCCACGAGUUAUUAGAGCUAACUCACAUGAUUUAUUGAAAUUAAUAGAAGAAUUGAAAUUAUCAUCUAAAGUCAUUCCCAUUAAAGCUGAACAUCCUGCUGCUAAAAAUCGAUAUAUUUAUGCGGACAAUGUAUUGCAUUGUUUACCUAAUUCUCUAAAAGGAAUUAUAACAAAAAAUACGCUGUUAAAUCAUUCUUUAGCUAGGCUUCUGUGGAAUGAUUUUAAAGCAGCAAAAGUUUUUAAAGAUGACGAAAGCAUAUAUAAUUUCGUAGAAAGGAGAUUUGGCAAAGAUGUAUCUGAAAAGAUGGUUGCACCAAUAUUAUGUGGAAUUUGUGGUGGUGACAUACAUCAAUUAAGUGCAAAAUCUUUUAUGACAAAUAUAUUUGAAACUGAACAAAAAUAUGGUUCUGUAUUUAUGGGUCUUAUACAGAAAAAAUUUUCAGAUAUAUUAAAUAAAAAAGAAAAAAGAGAAGUUACAUUGGAAAACACAAAUGAGACUCAAAAAAUAGUAAAAUCAAAUAAUAUAUCUUCGCUUUUAGUACAGAAAGCUAAAAGAGAAUUAUGGAGUACAUGGGGACUAGAAGGAGGUUUUGAACAAUUGCCUCAAACACUGGCUGAAAAUAUUACUAAACGUGGAGUGAAUAUAAAAAUGAAACAUAACUGUGAACAAAUAAUAUUUAAUGAAGAUUGUGUAGAAUUGAUUGUAAAUGGAAAAGUUGAAAAAUAUUCUCAUAUCAUAUCAAGUUUACCUGCUAAAAGUUUAGCUAAUUUAAUUCAAAAGCAACACCCAGAACUGUCUAAAGAAUUAUAUAGUAUACCUACAGUAACGAUAGCUGUAGUUAAUCUCCAGUUUUCUGAAAAUGUUUUACCAAUAAAUGCCUUUGGGGUUCUCAUUCCACCAAAAGAAGAAAUUCCAAUUUUGGGUAUAAUAUUUGAUUCAUGUGCCCUUCCUCAAAAUUCCAAAAUGACAGUACUGACAGUAAUGAUGGGUGGGGCAUGGUUUGAAAAAUACUUUGGUAGAUGCUCAUCUGAAGAACAUUUAAAAACGGUAGCGGUUAAAUAUGCAAACAAACUUUUAUGCAUUAAUGAAGAUCCCAAGGCAUGUAAUGUUUCCAUUCUGAAAGAUUGUAUUCCACAAUAUAUAAUAGGUCACGCACAACGCUUAACUCGCAUCCACGAUUACAUCUCCGCGCAUAAAAUACCUUUAGCGUUGUGUGGCUCUUCAUAUCACGGUGUAGGAGUCUCUCAUGUUAUUCUGUCAGCAAAAGAAGCUGUUUCUAGUAUCAAUCAGUGUAUGAUAUAGCUUUAUGAAAUUUAAUCAAUCAAUUUUCUUUGAUUUAAAAAUGAAACAAUAUAUAUACAUGCAAGAAAUUAAGCCAAAAUAAUUUUUUAAAAAAUAAACUGUAAUUUAACUUAAACUAAAAACAUGCAUUAUUCAUGCUGCUUAAUGAAAAUAAACAGAGCAAUUUACACAAUAAAAUACAAAUAAUACGAAAAUUAAGAGAGAUAUUAUAAUAUAAAAAUUGAAGAAUGAAUGAAAGUAUAAAAAGUAAAUAGGACAUAAAAUAAUUAUUCCAAACCAGCAUUUUAUUACACUAGAGCUGUGAAAAGAUUCUGUAGCUAUUAAAAUAAAACAUAUGUAUAAAAUAUUUUUUAUUAUAAAAGUGUAAAAAAUAUAUAUGUAUUGUGCAUGAAAUAAAAUAUAGAACAUUUAGUAGAGAUAUA